AUGCUGCCUGUCAUCGCUACGUGGAAGUCACUCAAAACUGAGUUUUAUUACUUUUACUUUGAGCUUGGCGACAGAUCUGACAUUGAGUUUCCCGAAGAACCGCUUACAAUAGAGCAUUGGAGGUGUGGUCGGCUGUUGCGAAUAGCAGCGGCCUUCUUGUGCAAUGACUCCAAAUCACAGGUCCCGGCAGCAUUCGGCCGCCUCGCUGAUGAAGAGCAGGCAAUUUCGGACGACUUCGAGGAUGGUGAUGGUUUAGUAAUUCCUGUCGUUUCACGAGAUGAGGCGUCCUUCAGCGGCCUCAGCUUCGAGAAGACGUUGCAGCUCUACCACGGCGACGAUGAUGCCGCAGCCUUUGCUACUGGUGGCGUGGCUGAGGCCGACGCCGGUGGUGGGGCAACACGGGCGCAGGCUGCCAGCGGCGAUGCAACUUAUGAAGGUGGUUGGCUGAAUGGCCAAAAGCACGGCCAAGGCAGCUUGACGCUGAAGGAUGGCUCCAAGUAUGUUGGCGAGUUCAAGCAUGAUAAGAAGGAGGGCAAAGGCAUCUACCAUUAUCCAUCUGGUGCCAAGUACACUGGUCAAUGGGUGGAUGACCUCCAGGAAGGGGAGGGCAAAGAAGAGUGGGCCGAUGGAUCAGUGUUCGAGGGUCAAUUCAAGGGAGGUGCCAAACAUGGGCGUGGAAAGUUUAUUUGGUCCACGCUCUGCCGCUACGAAGGUGAGUUUGACAACAACGACAUGCAUGGCGAGGGGGUUUACACUUGGAACGAUGGGCGUGGCUACUCGGGCCAAUGGACUCGCAACACCAUGGCGCCCAGGGGGAAGAUGUGGUGGUCGGAUGGUCGUACAUACGAGGGCGAGUUCCAGGAUGGCCGAAAGCACGGUGAGGGCACCCUGAAGUGGCCUGAUGGGCGGUCCUAUAGCGGGCAGUGGCAGGAUGGCAAGCAGCAUGGCACUGCCAUAGCGCGCACGGCCAAGGGAUUGCGGCGGCAGAGCAUCUGGAAGGACAGAAUUGGUAUGGUCAGUUAG